AGCUUCCGCAAAAUCUCAUUGACGGCAUUCGAUUGCAUUGGCAUUUGCGAGCCCCCGGUGAAAUUUGCCGUUGAAUAUUGUACGAAGAUCCUACCAUAAAGCAUGGAGGCGGAAACAUUAGAGCAAGCGCAGGCGCGCCAUCGCAAAGAGCUCAAAGACUUGCAGGGUCGCAUCACGAGCAAGAAGAAGAACGCGACAAAAAAGACACGAAAAGGCGUCAAUGACGAGUGCACCGAGCUAGAGCGACAAUUAAAAGAAAAGCAAGCAACUGAAAUAGCGGCAAUCAACGGCGAAACGACAGCACCAGACGCAGAAGAUGACGGCGACAACGCGGACGACGUACCACAGCCAUCAGAACCCGACAAGACUCUAGCACAGAGCGCACAAAAGUUGACGAUAUCCGAACCACAGACCGAGACAACAUCCGAGCAAGGGCAAGGGCUUGGAAAGAAGCGCAACCGCCAAAAGGAACGUCUUGCCCGUCGCGCAGCAGAGCUAGAGGCCGAAGCUGUCAAGGCCGAAGAAGAGGCUGCCAACAUGACUGACUUCCGCGCUAAAGAGAGCGAAUACAUGAAGACAGAGUUUGAAAAGAACGGCCUCGUGGAGCAAGAAAUUGCACCUGACGGACACUGCCUUUUCUCUGCGGUGGCCGACCAGCUCUCGCAACACGAUAUUCCCAUCGAAGGCGCCGGCUUACCGUACAAGAAGAUCCGAGCUGCCGCUUCAUCAUUCAUGGCCGACAAUGCGGAUGAUUUUGCGCCGUUUCUCGAGGAGGACUUUGACUCAUACGUGGCCAAGAUGCGCGACACAGCGGAAUGGGGUGGCCAGCUAGAGCUGACAGCUCUGGCGAGGAAAUACAACGUGGGCAUCAAGGUGGUACAAGACGGCCGAACGGAAGUCAUUGGCGAGGGCGACAAGACACUGUGGCUGGCAUACUACAGACACGGCUACGGGUUGGGCGAGCACUAUAAUUCGCUGCGGAAAAAGUAG